CCCGUCAGUAUCGUGCCGCGACUCUUUCGCGACGUCCGAGAGCCGAAGGAGCAGCCGCGACGUUAGUCCGCACGCACGCCUCAUACCGGAGAGGAUUAAGCCACCCCGUGGUUCUCGAGGAGCUUGUGCCAAGUGGUAAGAGGUGGGCAUUGGCCAGGCGCUUGAUACGACUGCGGCUGCAUGCGAGCAGGAGACGAGUGACCGCCGCGCAUUACAGCCUCCACGGGACAUAAGCUCAAGCGGCAUCGCGCUGGCGUCCCAAUAGUGACGAUGAAAUUCAACUUCUUCCUUCUGCUAUGUAUUGCGGCUACUUUUGUUCCAGGUCACUGCGGAGAAAAGAAGUCAAACGAUGAGGAAAGAUCGAGAUUGCCAGAAUUCCUUUCUGAAUUGGAUGUGGCGAGUGCUGAGGCAUCGGUCGAGGAUGUCGCAGCUCUAAGGAAAAUUGUGAAAAGACUUGCACCGUCAAAAAAUGAAAUAACAGGACAACCAGGUGUUGAUUAUCCUGUACUUACUACGAUUCCUGUUACUUCGUUUAGUUGUCGAGGUCAAAAAGGUGGCUACUAUGCAGAUUUGGAAACCAACUGUCAAGUAUUUCACAUAUGUGACAAUGGGCGGAAGAUCUCGUUCCUGUGUCCAAACGGUACUAUUUUCCAACAAUCGCAGUUGAUUUGCGACUGGUGGUUUAAAGUCGAUUGCAGCAAAUCCGUUGAUCUGUACGAACAAAGCGCUGAAUAUCUCGCCGAGGAAGAACGAAAACGAAUUGAAAACAAGAAAAUGAACUCGGAGUUUCAUAGAUCGAACAACAACAACAACAACAACAACAACAAUAAUAAUAAUAACAAUAAUAACCGACAAUUUUAUCAGAGUACUAAUUAUGAUGGACGUCAGAAUGGACGAAUGAAUCCUUAUGGUAAAUCAGCAGUACAAAAUCAAUUGCAAAACAGUCAAAAUACAAAAUCUAUUCAAUCUGUCGAUGCAAAUCAAAUUUACGAAAAACAGAGCGCUAAAUUUAGUAGUCGAGGGACAGUUUCUGGCACGCAGCAUAUCCAGGAUACAAUAAGGGCAAAAGACGAAUAUAGUAAGCCUCAAAAUGAUAGGCAACAAAAUCAGUUACUCUUUAAUGAUGCAAAAGAUAAUCAAGCGAAUAGUUAUGAUCACAAGGACUCGAGCAAGUAUUACAAUAAUCAAUUAAAAUCGAGCCAAGAGGACGAAUAUUACGGCUCUGCAGCUAAUGUUAAUACCCAGCGCGAAGAUAAGCACAGUAUUAUUAAGUCAUCGGUAAAGCCGCGUACUUUUACACGACCGAAUUUUAAUUUUCCAAUUCAAAAGGUAACGCCAGCCUAUACGGAAACAACAACCUUCCGUACGUCCACUGUCAGUCCGAUUCGUGAGUUCCAACACUUAGCCGAGAGUGCAGCGUUCGCGUCGAGUCGUGGCAAUCGAUAUAAGUCUCAUACGGCCAAUCAAUUCAAUGGCUUAUAUUCGAGUAACAAAGCCUCGGCCUCAACUGUCGAUAUGCUUCAGCAGCAUUCAACGAUUUCAACAACUCUGGAUUCUUUAAAAGAUCGAGAUGGUCCACAGGCUCUUGCGCGUUCCAAAGUUGGAAUUCCAGUAUAUCCGGGACCAACUUUUGCACCCAUUUAUAAACCUCGAACGACAACUUUGCCAUCCAUAGAUGCACCUACUACGAUUAAAAAAGAGUACGCGAAUAAGGAUAGCCAUGCGCAUCAAUCAACGACUUAUGCAAAUUAUGAGACAACCACCACGUAUCCUGAGUACGCUACUACUGAGGCGCCAGUUACCAACGCUCCAAAUACGUAUCGCAAUAAAAAUUUUCAUGAAUUCUCAACAACAUUAAAAAGCGACAGCUUUAAUACAGUUAUAUCGACUACGCAAAAUCCUUAUUAUACUAGAGACAUUUAUAAGGAAACAACUCCAGCUCUGACUACAACGAUAAAAUACGAUAAUGACGAGUCAGUUUUACGAUUUAAUGAGAAUCAGGCAAGCUCGCCCACUACGUUGACACCAAUUAUUUAUAAAAAUAAUUAUAGCCCGAAUUCUAUAGCUUCGAAUAUCGUUGAUGAUGAUAAUAGCGCUACAACUGUUGCUCCCAGUGUUUCUGAAAAGAUUGACCUACAAAAUGAAAGAUUCGAGCCCUCAAAAUAUUCAACAAAGAAUACCCCAAAAGCUCAAUCGCAAACUCAUAUUCAGAAUCUGAUUAGUAUGACUACCGAGAAGUCGAAUCAUAGAAAUCAUGAUUUUACAGCUACGCGUAGGACACCGAGUCCUUACGAUACGAGUGUAACCUAUCAGCACGGCAAAAUAAUAUCAACUCUCGGACCAUAUAUUCCUUUUACAAAAAAUUAUGCAUUUACAACAAGUGGCACAACGAUUAAACCGAGUCAAUCACCAUCUAGCGCAUAUUAUAAUAAAAUUUCGAAAAAUCUUGCAUCAAACUCUAAACCUUCGCAAAGUUUUGACUUUUCAAAUCCCGGAAAGUCAGGAAGCAGAGCAACUUAUUUGCCUGAAAAGACCACCGAAGCUACGCACAUUGUUGAAAAAAAUAAUCUUGACAGUAGACCUCUAAACGAACGGGAACACGCCUUGAAUAUGCUAAAGUCUCUCCAAGGUCUCGAAGAUAAUCUUCCUAAUUUGAACAACAACAACAACAACAACAACAGAACGGGAUUAGAAAUUCCAAGUUCCUCCGGGCCAUCUACGUUACACUCGCUGGCAUUAUAUUUUGCUAAUGCUGACGACAAUUCUGAAAAACCAACAGAUUCUGUUAUUAAUGUUAAAUAUGCCGAAACAACGAUUAAUCCGAUUGAAAAGAAAAAUACAUCGGUAAUUGAAUUACCAUCGAAUAUUUUGACUCAACAUACCAUAAGCUCAUACGCCGAGCUUUUCAACUUAAAUAAUGCGCUUGAAAAUAAUAUAACGGACGAUGCAAUUUACGAUAAUAGUGAUGAAAAUUCAACGGAUGAAGAUACAAGUGAUUUAGAUAUACAACAAAGCGAAGGUCCAUUGAGUGGGGUAAAGAAAUCUAAUAAUACUAAAUUACGAGAAUUAGCACAAGUUUUUACGCAAGCAUUGUCUGCUUAUUUACAAGAUCCAGACACAUUUAAGAAGGUUUUAACCGAAAUAAGACCAACCGAACCCUCGCAAAACAUUGAAAAUGAAAUAACAACCACGUCCGCAAUAACUACGGAGGAUUAUCCAUCUGUAACUAAGGAGAAAGAUGAAGUUUUGGAUUUUUCGGAUGACAUUAAUGGUAUACGAAAGAGAAGACCGACAACUACUACUGUCGCAUCCGAAACAACUAAAGAACCGUUUGACAUUUUGAGAGAAACGACUUAUCAGCCAUAUUAUACGGCUGAUUACUUCUCAACAACAACGACAUAUCCCGAUGAAUCGUUGAACGAAGCUCAAAGUGGUUAUAUCCAUAACCAAGAAUCGUCAAAUUCGGAUGACAAUAUCGCUUAUAAGGUCAAUAAUAUUUUUGAUGCGAAAAAAUUGAGCCAAGCGAAUAGUUACAAAUCUGGUAGCAAUGAUUUGAGUAGUUCGAGCAAUUCUCAAAAAUAUUAUGACAAUUACUUUCCGAUUAAACAAAAUAAGCAUAGCGACUUUCAAAAUUAUUCUGAAAAACCAUACUCUCCUUAUGGCAAAUAUGUCAAACCUUCUAAUGCGACGCCCAUUAGUGAUAAUUACGUUGCAUCAUCGACCCCAGCGACUUUCGAACUAUUAGCCCCACAAACCUUUGCCUCGAGCAAUCCAAGUAGUAAUAUAAACGAUAAAGUGUACGAUCAUUUAACACCGCCUAUAAAUAAAAAAUUAUUACCUGUCAAAGCCGGUAAUUCAAUUUCAAAUACUAAGGCUAAUGGCGAGACACUUAAUAGUAAUAUUACGCCAAAUCAUAAGAGCCUAGAAGAAACUAUUACUACUUCUAGACAGCCGUUCCGAAUACGAUAUUACGAUACAACGCCGAAAGAGCAUUUCGAUUCCACUGUGACUGAGAAUAGUAUCGAUUCGAGUUACGAAAAGGAUUACGAUAGUUUAGUUACGAAAACGGAGAAAGUAGCAAUUAAUCAUCGAUAUACAAAUUCACCGAGUAAUCAUCAUUGGACAUCUUCGCCCACGGUCACGCAAUUAUGGGAAACUACGGUGUUCAUUGAUCCAGAGCAUAUUAAUCGUGGAUUGGACGUUGAUUCAAAAAUACGACAAUCAUUCGACGAUUAUAGAGUCACUACGCCUUCGGAUAGAAACGUUUUGCAGAAUAAUGGCGAUAGUAAUGCAGCGACGCCACAGCAUUUUGCCAGUGAGCCUUCAACACCAUGGCAAUGGGAGUCGAAUAGUAACGAUUCACCAACAGCUUUUACAUUACUACCCAACAUCUACUCGAAUAUGGAAAAUACAGCUACUCCGACGUCACCUUUUACGACGAAACCAUCGAGCGUAACAACGAUUACAUCAUCGACUAGCCUAGUAAAUGCCAUACCAUCGACCGAUGAUAAUUUGCCGACCUUAGUCACUGUCUAUAAUGUCACGGAGAACGAGAUUGAAAAGGCCCAGCAGAUGUUUGGCAAUUUAAACGAAACGAGCUCCAACACACUGAUGAAAGUGAUGAAACAAGCUGAUAAUAAUGCCACCGUACGGCAACUCGUACUUUUAUUAAUAAGUCACUGCAACGGGCCCAUGAACAAGACCAUGGAGCAGGAGAAAGAACAGCUGUUAAAUGCAUUACUGAAGAUGCCUGUAAAUGAAUUCACGAAAGAGGAAUCCCGCGAACUCAUUCGUGGCAUUAGCCAUUUGCAACUUCCAAUUGGAAGAUCGAACGGCGAGUUGAACAAGCCAACCACAACGUCGACAUUUACAACGACGAUAAUACCAUCGCUUAGUGAACCGUCGGUGACGACAUUCAGAAGCCGCUCAGGUCGCAAAUUUAAGACGACGACGGACAAAUCUUACAGCAAGCUUACGAAUAAUAUCGUAAUGGAAAAAUCUGAAAAGUUAGCAACGUCGGAAUCAAGACGAGCUCUUGCAAUCGAGGAGGAAACUGCUUCCGAUAACAGAGCACUCGACCUUCUCAGGUCACUUUACACAAUAGCUGCCAAAUGGGGUUGAAUCGCCAUUUAUCAUCUGUUCUGUCAUUGUCUAUUCUUGAAUAUAGUUUAUACUAUACGCAUGGAAGUGAAACUAUCAAUGUUAUUAUUAUGAAAAUUUUAAAAAAGUUGCUUGCAUACUAUUAUAAUGAGAAUUAGUGUUUUAAUUUUCAUGAAUAUGUAUCGCCGUAUUAUUGUAAACGAAUGGAAUAAAAUGCAAAAAAUUUUAAAAUAAUAUUAUAAAUAGGAUAUCAUGUAUAAUCGAAUAAUCUCGAUAGAAGUUAAAUAUUGGCCAGAUACAUAUGGACUAAGUAAUUUGUAACCGUAUAAUAAUAAUCUAGAAGACUCGACGAUCGACGCUUCGACAACAGUAAUCUAUAAAAUAAUCGAUAGUGCACAUUAAGCGCGAAUGAAAUGCAUUAAAAACUAGAUAUGCGCAAUUAUUUGUAAUCGCAUGUUAAUUUUAAUAAUCAUAUUUGAUUGGAGUAAUGAUUGUCGUUGUUUAAUAAUCGUGUGGAACAAAAGUAAAAUUAGACUC